AUGCCCGUGGAAGAUAGUAACUUUACAAGCACUGAGACAAAUGGUACCAUAAUAACGAUGCCACCCGCCAUGCAAUAUGUCGCCGUUACCAUACUAGUAAUUUUAAUGAUAUUGGGAGGGAUAGGGAAUCUAUUGACGGUGUUGGUGAUAACAUUGAAUAGAUCCUUCCGCAAGCAGAUGGUGUACGUCUUGAUAGGAACACAAAGUUUCAGCGAUCUGAUCCUCAUACUCCUGAUCAUCCCAAUCAAAGUACAUACGAUCCUCAUGUUGGACAAUCCAGAUCGCUCAUUCAUGAUGUUGCGACUUGCAACUCUUGUAUCUUUGGUUGCAUUCGCAUCCGCGGGGAUGUCGAUCAUGAACUCGUGGCCCGGUGGAUUCCAGGGGUGGAUUAGUGUUCCUGUCACCAAGAGCCAUAAUGGAUGGACAUUUACCGUUACUUUCAGUAAGCCUGUUAGGGACUUACAGAUAUGGGAAGCAGAAGUUGUAUCAAAUGAAGAUGGCGGCAAAAAAUACACAAUGAAGAAUACGCAACAUAAUGCCCAGCUGAACUCCGGUAGCACUCUAGAGAUGAACUUCAUCGCUAAUUGUGACGGGGACGCCCCAUCAGGUGACGCCUGGAUGAACGGCCAGGGUGGCGAGGCUACAACAGCACGCCCAACGGCUGCUACCUCAGCUACUCGAGGGACUGUCGGACCAACUGGCAAUCCACCUACACGCAAUCCUAACGGCCCAAAAGUCACUUUGAAAUACGAUCACAACGAGGUCAUUCGUAAAUCCAUACUCUUCUACGAGGCGCAACGAUCUGGUAAAUUACCAGCGAACAAUCGUAUUCCAUACAGAGGCGACUCUGCCAUGGGGGACGGAUCUGACGUAGGUAGAGACCUCACGGGAGGAUGGUAUGACGCUGGUGAUAUGGUUAAAUUUGGUUUCCCUAUGGCCUACACGACCACAGCUCUUGCUUGGGGAAUUCUGGAGUUCGAGGCAGGUUACAAGGCAGCUGGGGAGUACGACAAUGCCCUGGAUAGCAUUAAAUGGCCCCUUGAUUAUUUCAUCAAAUGCCAUAGCAAGCCUGGAGAGGAGUUUUACGGUCAACUUGGCAAUGGAGAUAUUGAUCACGCAUGGUGGGGACGUCCAGAAGACAUGAACAUGCCUCGACCAGCAUACAAAGUGACAAGACAGAAGCCAGGUUCUGAUCUCACCGCAGAGACUGCCUCUGCCUUCGCAGCUGGAUACCUCGUCUUCAAAGAUACAAACCCCACCUACGCUGCUACUUUGCUGACUCAUGCCAGACAAUUGUUUGACUUCGCUAAUAACUACCGUGGCAAAUAUGUUGAUGGUAUCCCUGAAGCCAAGGACUUCUACGAUUCCCACAGUGGUUAUUUGGACGAGCUCCUAUGGGGUGCAGCUUGGCUCUACAGAGCUACCGGAGAAAACCAGUACCUCAAAUUCGCCGAGGAUAACUAUGACGCCGGAACUGCCCAUGAGUUCUCCUGGGACAGCAAACUCGUUGGGGCUCAGCUCAUACUUUACCAAACAACCGGGGACGCGAGAUACUCAGCGCCUGUGACAUCAUUUGUCGACCCAUGGCUAAGAGGAGGCAGCAAACUAUACACUCCAAAGGGCCUUGCCUGGCAUUCUCAGUGGGGCGCCAACCGAUAUUCAGCCAACACUGCCUUUAUAGCGCUCGUUGCCGCCCAAGCUGGUCUCAAACCCGAAGCUUACUCUGACUUCGCCUUAAGCCAGGUCAACUACAUGCUUGGAGAUGGCGGUCGUAGCUACGUGGUUGGAUUUGGAAAUAACCCACCACUUAGACCUCAUCAUGCCUCCAGUUCCUGCCCUUGGCGACCUGCCCCAUGCAGCUGGAACGAUUACAACAACCCAGCCCCGAAUCCCCACACCCUUUACGGUGCCCUCGUCGGAGGACCUGGUCAGUAUGAUGAUUACGAGGACAGACGAAACGAUUAUGUAAAGAACGAGGUUGCCACCGAUUAUAACGCAGGUUUCCAAGGGGCACUAGCAGGUUUGAAACAGAUGUCUCUUUAGGAAAAUAUGCGAGGAGCAUCUCAACAACGCGGCAGUUUAAAAUAGCAUCAUAUAAUUUAUGUCAUUGUUAUUGUGUGUCCAUGUGAGUGAUUAGAAUAAACAAGUUAAGUAUCAAAA